AUGGCGGACGUCGCAAAUCCUCUUGGAGAAACUUCCACUCAAAUACCAGAACCGGUCUCCGCUCUGCGAUCGUCCAAGCCGCCAAAGCCGAAGCGGGUGCCGACUCGCGUCUCGAUAGCCGCUCCGAAAGGCUCCACCGGCUCCGAUGUCACAAGCCCGCGUUCCGGUUCUUCGGGCGGCUUGAACGUGUCGACGACGACAUGGAAGAGAUUGAUUCUGACAAUCGAUGGCGGCGGAAUCAGGGGAUACUCAUCGCUCAUCGUCCUACGGGCGUUAAUGCAAGAGAUUGAGCGCAUCGAGCAGUCUCUUGAGCCCCGAGCCUCAGCAAGCACCCAGACCGACCGGAUACCGCGCGAACAAAUUCCCGACGAUGUGUUCAGAGAAGGGCAGUAUCUACCUUGCCACUAUUUCGACUAUAUUGCCGGCACGAGCGUCGGGGGUUUAAUAGCUAUCAUGCUUGGCAUGUUUGGGAAAACCGUCGACGACUGUAUCAACGAAUUUCACCGACAGAACAAAUCCAUCCCGCUAGCCGACGACGCUUCAGUGGUGUCGUCUAUCGACUUUCCGCUUAUUUACAGACGGAGCACCUGGCCUACAAAGCGCACCAGUUCCUUCUUCGACACCUUCGCCAAGUUCACCGUUACUGCGACCGGCCGCACCUUGCCAGGCGCACUCGCAAGUCCUACUGUCUCCCGAGCCUCCUCCCAGGCGUCCGCCGCAUCGAGCGAGUUUCGGACAGAUACGUACCAAUGUCAGACACUGGCCUGGUGCACCGAGGUCGAGACCCGCCGCUCGCGGCGCCCCUACGCUUUCUGCACUUACGCGGAGGACGAGAACGACCCCGAGCAGCUCAUCUCGAUUCCCGAGGUCGCCAAGGCCAUCACCACACCCUCCCGCUAUUCGUUCAAACCUUUCAAGUUAGGCUCCGGCCAGUUCGUCGACGGCAGCAAACAAAUCCGGGACCCGACCCUCGAAGUCCUCAAGGAGAUCACCUCCCUCCUCGACGAGGCGGAGCCGGCCAUUGACCUGCUCCUCAGCCUGGGCACAGACGAACACCAGGCGUGGUUCUACGAAAAGCUGCGCUCCUUCACGUCGCAGAACCCUGCCACCACGUCCGCCAAGGACCAAUGGGCCAUCGGGGAGGAAGAGGGCCGCUCCUACAACCACUACCACCGGUUUGAAGUUCCCGGGAUACGAUUGGGCUGGCGCAAGAAGUUCUUCCUCCGCGAGAUCGAGGAGGCCUCUGAGAAGUGGGUCUCGAGCCCCGAGCAGAAGACGCGCAUCACGCAGUACGCGCAGAUGCUAGUGGAACGGCGGCGCGCGAGGGCGGCGACCGCGAGGUGGGAGACGUUCGCGCUGGGGGUGCGCUACGCUUGUUUUCAUGAGGGGUGUGUUAUGAAGAGAAAGGCGGAUGAGGAGAAUCAGCUGUUCACGGGCAGGGGUGACUUCUUCGACCAUCUUGAUAGGAGACACGAUCUGAUGAAGAUGGCGGCGAAGGGGGCCGUGGAUGUAGAAGGGGAGUUGGACAAGGGGAGACGUUUUGGGUGUUCUUGA